AUGGCCGGCCUGGAGCAAUUGGAGAUCCAUAGCAAGUCGUACAUCGUUCGCUGGGUGAAAGUCGAUGAAGGGCAUACUAUAAGCUGGAGCGUUCAGCCGCAUAAGAAAUCGGUUAACUUUGGAAUAUUCAAACAUCCUCGAACGAGCAAUGGCAUCUCGGUCCAAUCAUCAGACGAAACGGGCUCUGCAAUUCAACCGGUCGAAGCAGGAUUUGACAAGGGACGACGGGCUCUAGCCAACAGGAAUGUAGACGCUUCUACAGCCCAAGAACAGCUCAAGGCAAAGGGCUUCAUCGCGGUAAAAUGGUAUGGCAACUGCGAGGCAGACAAAGUCUCGAUGGGGACGUAUGCGGUCGAUCGGGGCACGGGGGGGAUGUACGGGUUGGUGUUUGACAACACGUUUUCGAAAACGACUUCGAAAACGGCAACAUUCGUUCUCCUUACAUACCCGUCCAAUGCCCCUCCGCACUCUAUGCAAAAUAUUAUGGCCGGGACGGCUAAGAACUCGAGCCCGACUACUUCAGCAGAUUUAGCUUCCGACUCCGUUGAUAGUCUGCACUUAGGAGCUGGAAGCAAAGGUAGCAGAGGCAACUCAGUUGCAGGCCGCAACGGAAGCGAAAGCGGCCUCUCAACCUACCAUGUCGGUGUCCUCCAGAAGCGCCGCCGAAAACGAGGCCAAGGUUAUGCAAGGAGAUUUUUCUCGCUAGAUUUCGAAUCUUGCACGUUGUCAUAUUAUUAUAACCGGAAUUCGUCGGCGCUCAGGGGCGCGAUACCGCUAAGCUUGGCUGCGAUAGCUGCGGAUGAAAGACGGAGAGAAAUUAGUAUAGAUUCGGGAGCAGAAGUAUGGCAUCUGAAGGCUGGAAAUGCGAAAGAUUUCAUGGAAUGGACGAAGGCUCUUGAGCGAGCUAGCACUAGAGCUCGAGAUGCUGACGCUGAUUCUACCACUCAGCCUGGACAACGCAAUGUCAACACAUCGGGUUUGCAAAUUGUAACGGGAAGCCCGCAGGAAGAAAAAGAGUGGGAGCAGGUGGAGUCGCUGGUUAGCAGGGUUGCUGGCACCCGUGAUGCUAUUCGAAGAUUAUCGAAACACACUGCUCCUGGGGCGAAAAGCUCAAAUGCUGCGUUAGGCAUGUCAAGCCUAAGCAUACCUUCCAAUUUUGAUGGGCACGAUGAUUACUUCGCUUCAGGCGGCUCUGAAAAGAGGCCCUUCUGGAAGCGCAAGGCGAGUACACCUGCAGCACCUCAAAUGACCCAACGUGGUAUCUCGUCACAGCUUGCCGUCCCCCCGCCUACUUCAGUGACUACUACAGUCACAGCUGCAACGACACCCUCAUCGCGGAAGCCCAGAACCUCGCUUGAGGAGACCAGCAUGCAUGACCACUGCGCGGCGCUGCUCCGCGAUUUGGAUGGUGUUCUCCAAGAUUUCUCGACACUGUUAACCAACAGCAAGCGCCGCCGAAAUCCUGGUCCAAAGUCGGGAACAAGAACUAGUAUGGAUUCAACUUCCACGGCUGAGUUCUUUGAUGCCGAGCCAGGCGAUUUAGAUCGCUCUCAGCUGUUGAGGAUCGAUCGUCAGAGCGACGAAGGUGUCCAACCUUCAGAAGCUGAGGAUGAAUUUGUCACAGACGCAUCUUCUAUAUCCUCAGCCGGAGACGAAAAUGCACCUCACCUCAACGGUGCAGCAGACCUCUUUCCAACGAAACCUAAGUCGCUGGAUCCGCUUCCAAUACCCAUACUAGUAAAGCGCCGAAAGAUCGUGCCCCCCGCGAGUGGACCGCCCCCUAGUCUGGUCGGCUUCGUACGCAAGAAUGUAGGGAAAGACUUUAGCACCAUCAGUAUGCCCGUCAGCGCCAAUGAGCCUAUAUCCCUUCUCCAACGUGUUGCAGAGCAACUAGAAUACGCCCAGAUCCUCGACACAGCCGCAUCUCAUAAAGUGGCUACCUAUCGACUUCUUCAUGUUUCAGCUUUUGCAAUCUCUCAAUUCAGUUCAAUUCGAGCCAAAGAACGAGCAAUGCGUAAACCAUUCAAUCCCCUACUGGGAGAAACAUUCGAGCUAGUUCGAACUGAAAAGGAGGUCCCUGGCGGAUUCCGAUUACUAGUAGAAAAGGUCUGUCAUCGGCCAGUUCGAAUGGCCUGCCAAGCCGAUUCCACAAACUGGUCAUUCGGUCAAAGUCCUGCCCCUGUACAAAAUUUCUGGGGAAAGAGCGCAGAAUUGGUCACCGAAGGCCGUGUAAGGAUCGCAUUACGACUUCCGGAUGGAAGCGAAGAACUGUAUAGCUGGAAUGUGGCUACUAUAUUCCUGCGGAAUGUCGUGAUGGGCGAGAAAUACUUUGAGCCAGUGGGUAGCAUGGUAGUUACCAAUGAAACUACAGGUGGGAAAGCAACCAUCGAAUUUAAGCAGAAAGGCAUGUUCGGCGGGCGCAGCGAAGACGUGCAGGUCGAUAUCUUCGGUCCAGAUGGCGCGCCUACGGGCGUUGGCUUGACCGGUACGUGGACCACCAGUCUCAAGAUGCAGGAAAACGGGAGAAGCGGCGGCGAAAUCUGGCGUGUUGGCGAACUCGUCGAUAAUGCGGCCCAGCGAUAUGGUCUCACGACAUUUGCGGCCAGUUUGAACGAGAUUACAGAGCUCGAGAGGGGGAGACUACCACCUACGGAUUGUAGACUACGACCGGAUCAACGCGCUGCCGAAAGGGGCGAUCUUGAUACGGCGGAGGAGCUUAAGACGAAGCUAGAAGAGAACCAGAGACUUAGAAGGAAAGAGGUCGAAACGAGAGGUGAUGUUCACAUUCCGAGAUGGUUUGUUCCGGUUGAUGGUGGAAAUGAUGGCGAAGAGGGAUGGAAGUUGAAGACUGGGAAGGAUGGGUAUUGGGAAGAGCGAGCUAGGGGGACGUGGACGGGCGUGGAUAAUAUUCUCGUUCCGUAA